CACACAUACACACAAAGAACAAUAGCCUCCUCGCAUGGCACUAGUUCAGUGUUACUAGCCCAGUGUGUAUCGAGAUUGAAUCAUACACUAUCCCGCUGUCCACUACCUUUCAUCCUUUGCCCUUUACCCUUUACUCUUUACCCUUUACCCUUUGCUCUUUACCCUAUAUCCUAUCCAUUAUCCAUGACAUGCAGCUAUACCUACACCCUGUCAGAUAUAGCUCGAACAAAGACAAAGGAAAAACACAACAAAGCGACACCACCAGCGGGCAAUUGGUCUUGGACCUGGAUCUGGACCUGGACCUGGACCUGGACCUUUGCUUAGACUUUCACAACACAGAACGCGCAGAGUACGAAGGGCAAGAUCCAGCAUUACACAGAUACCCAUUGGACACACGCAGUUCCUCGCUGUCUCUUUCUCUCGCUACACCCGACCCAUGUUCCUUCGCACACCCGCCACCGCUCUUAUCACGCCCGACAUUUUCUUCUAUUUUUGUCUUGUUGAGUUGGCGUCCUUGCUACCAAGCACCGACACCGACACUCCGAGUCAUUGCCAUAUGCAACUCAACCCUGGUCGCUGGGAAGAAUUGGGUGACUCUGCUUCGGGUAAAGGGUACAGAAAAGAAGAAGCAGCAGCAGCUCUUGUUAUGGUCACCACGAGGCCAACUCUGUUCUUUUUUUUCGUGGCGUAAAGAACUGCGUCUAUAGCGACAGAGGAUUUUCAUGAUGGAUGAAUAUACGCUUUUCUCAAGGCGUCAGUCAUGAAAAGAGGCGAGCUAAAGAUCGGAUAUUAUCCACCCCUUGACCUGAAGUGCUGAGUGUGGUCCUUACCAAUCGCGAGAUGCAGACGUUCUACUUAACGUGUGGCUAGCCACACCUUUUCGACGAGUACUUUUAGUGCCUUUGCCCUCUUGAUUGCUUGCUAAUCUUUGUCGUGUCAAUAACAUCUUCUACUACUAGAAGACCAGAGAGAACAAGAGUGACAAGCGAACAUC